AUGUGCACAUAUGUAUACAUUUAUACAUCCCAGUAUACUCAUAUCUAUCUAUCUAUCUAUCUAUCUAUCUAUCUAUCUGACUGUGUUCAUUAUCUAUCUAUCUAUCUAACUGACUGUGUUCAUUAUCUAUCUAUCUAUCUAUCUAUCUAUCUAUCUAUCUAUCUAUCUAUCUAUCUAUCUCACUGUUUCAUUAUGUAUCUAUCUCACUGUUUCCUUAUCUAUCUAUCUAUCUAUCUAUCUAUCUAUCUAUCUAUGAAUCAGGUUCGUUGGCUUGAGGCUUGCCGAAAGACUGGAACAGCGAUGAAGAGAGAUAAAACAACACGGGCCUUUGCUGAUCUGCAGCUGCAAGAUGAGGCGGCGGUCUGUCUGUCUAUCUAUCUAUCUAUUUCAGGUUGUUCACUAUCUAUCUAUCUAUCUAUCUAUCUAUCUAUGUCACCCGUAACAUUUAAAUCUGGAUGA